AACUUUCAAUCUUUCCUCGAAUUACACGAUUUGUUUAUUAGCACUUGCGUUGUAAAACUGUAAAAUUAUUCGUCAAUUAUUUAUCAAUUUAUUGAUUCUCGCUAAUCCAACUUUACGGAUAUGAUAAUUAGCAACAUUUUUUAAAUUUUAUUGUUGUGUCCGACAGUUGACAUUGUCUAAUAUAAAUGUAAUUUCAAAUUUUAAUUUUUUUCGUGAUUUCGUUUCUAUUAUGAACAAAUCUGUUCAUAAUGGAUUCGGCUAUAAAUCCCGAAGAGCUAAGUGCGCUUUCAAGUACAUCGGACUUUAGUACUUUAAGCGAAACAACCGAAAAUUUAUCUGCAUCAUCACAAAUCACGCUUAUUUCUACGGAAGGGAGUGCUGCUAUUGCAGAAGAUCUUAGAGAGGAAAUUAGUGAAAAUAUUAUCCAGAAACCUGCCCAAAUGAAACUCGUAACCGAAUAUAGUUUCGGCCAACAGUUGCGUAUGCAAGCCCAACAAAUGGCAAAGUAUUUACGAAAUCGUACCGGAAAUGAUGCUAGCGGUGAAUUAACACAAGAUCCAGAGUGUUCUGAUGAUCAUUCAACAAAGAACACUGAUGAUCUUUUACCGAAAAGUAAAAGUACGAUUCUGGAACAAAAUGAAACGACAGAUUGUUCGGAAACGAUUGAAUCUGGUGAUUUGGACAAUGAGCAAACCAGAGAGUUACUCAAACACUAUCUGGAGAAUUCCGACUCGGUUGAUGCGCUUAAAAUUUACAAGCUGGAACCUUUGAAUUACCUUAAACAAAUAGUCACGCACAUAAUGGAAGUCUUCAAUUUUAUGGUCUUGAUCUGCUCGAGCAAACAGUUCUGGAACACUGCGUUGGUUAUUGCGAAUAUUUUAGCGGCCGUAUUCUUUUAUUUGGUACUGGCUGUUUCGACAAUUAUCGUUACACUAAUUUUAAAUGUGCAUGAUGCCCUGGAAGCAAACGAAGACGACAGGGAUAAGAAUGCGAAAAAAGAAGAAAUGCAAAUGCAGAAACUUCCUCCCAAUAUUGAUGAAUUGAGUCUUUAAUCAAAUGAAUAUCAAAAUUAUUUAUUCCGGCAAAUACUCUAAAUUAAUAGUUGAUAUUAUACGAUGUCAGUAAAAGAAGAAUUUGGAAAAACAUGUUUUUUAAUAUUCUUGUAAUGACACUAAUAAAAACGCAUUAAAAUA